AUGUUCAUUAUAUCUCGUUAUAUCUCGUCCGAGAGAUGUAGAGUUGUAGCCCCUCUGCUGACGCCAUACUUCUCCAACUGCACGUCAAAGGCCCACGUUGCUUCUAUACCCUGCUUGUUCGCUGUUUGUUUUUCUUCUUCUUUGUUUUCUGUUGUGCUCUUGCUUCCUGUUCAAACCAAAGUCUCUAUCAUGUCUGAGAAAAAGCAGCUUAUUAUCAAUGCAUUCGCGAUGCAUUCGCCCAGUCAUCUUAACCCGGGGUUGUUCCGCCACCCAGCCGACCAAGGCGCGGAUUACAAGAAUAUUAAGCAUUGGAUCGGGCUAGCCAAGAAACUCGAAGAUGCCAAAUUCCAUGCGAUUUUCUUUGCCGAUGUCUUGGGAGGUUACGAUGUCUACAAAGGCCCGGCCAAUCUGGACCCUACCAUUCCAGCCGGCGCUCAAUUCCCCAUCAACGACCCCCUAUACAGUAUUCCCGCCAUGGCAGCCGCAACAGAAAGUAUUGGCUUUGGAGUCACAGCCUCAACCACCUACGACUCCCCCUACGCCCUGGCAAGGCGUUUCUCCACCGUCGAUCACCUCAGUAAUGGCCGGGUCGGUUGGAACAUUGUCACCUCGUAUCUUGACUCUGCAGCCCGGAACUUUGGUCUUGAUACCCAAGUGGAGCACGAUGAGCGCUAUCGCAUCGCGGAUGAGUACUUAGAUGUCACCUACAAGCUAUGGGAGGCAUCUUGGAGAGACGACGCCGUGACCUGGAGGCCAGGCCAGAGCAAGACCCAGGGAUACGCGGACCCGAAGGCCGUCCGCCAGAUCAACCACCAAGGCAAAUACUUCCAAGUGCCUGGUCCUCAUCUCUGCGAGCCGAGUCCUCAGCGAACCCCCUUCAUCCUGCAGGCGGGUACUUCGACCGCCGGCAAGGCCUUUGCGGCCAAGCACGCCGAGGCCGUCUUCUUGCAUGCACAGAAACCCGAGCUCGUCCGUCCUUCUGUCGAUAGCAUUCGUCAACAAGCGGCCGAGAUUGGUCGUAACCCGCAAGAUAUCAAGGUCAUCGCGGGAGCGUUGGUUAUCGUUUCUGAGACGGACGAGGAGGCAAAUGCCAAGUUUGACGAAUUGAAGACGUACGGUGACCGGGAGGGAGCGCUUGCUUUGUUUGGUGGCUGGACUGGAUAUGAUCUGUCAACAUAUGCCGAUGAUCAGGACUUCCGGUUCGUGGAACAGCCUGCUGUGCGUAGCAUGGUGAACCAUUGGGCUAGUACGGUGCCCGGCACAGAGGGCCAGAAGUGGGAUAAGAGAACCAUUGCUGAGUACUUGACUCUCGGAGGCAACGGUGUGAAGAUUAUCGGUAGCGUGAAGACUGUUGCCGAUGAAUUGGAACGAUGGGUUAGUGUUGGUGAUGUUGACGGGUUCAACCUUAGCUAUGCUAGCUUGCCAGAUACGUUUGACGAUGUCAUUCGUCUGUUGCUGCCAGAGUUGCAGCGACGUGGACUGUUCUGGUCUGAUUAUGCCGUGAAGGGCGGCACUCUUCGCGAAAACAUCUAUGGGCAGAAGGGUCAGAACAGACUUCCUGAGGCGCAUCCUGGCGCGAAGUACUUCUGGCGUGAGGGCCAAGAAGUGCCUCCGUACACUGUGGAGUCCAAUUAG